CAAGUUCCUGAUAUCAUGUUUUAGCCUCAAGCCCAGUCUACCAGUUCUUAAUUCCUCAAGUCUGAAAAAAAAAUCAACCCAGACCCCCUGUUUGAAGAAUGACUCAUACAUUUCACAGAAGACAUUAGAGAUUUUAGAGUAUAAGGCCAUAAAUUCGAUAAUGUGACAUAUCUUAUGACCUAUUUGGUGAGUGAAACAGUGUUGGAAAGGAAUGUGUUUUGAAACCAUGAAGGCAUCGAUCGGGUUUUGAAAUGUGGAACAAAAGUUUUUGGCGAACAGUUGGAAUAGAAUCAAAUGAAACCAUUUUUUUUAAGUUAAUGACAACGAUGGUGGUUGAGGCAACACCAGUGGUGGUGGAGGAAAUCAUUUUCACUGGUUGAUAUCACUUGAUUUCAGGGGAUAUCCAGACACCCUUUUUAGGCGGGGGUUCACAUAUCGGGGAUAUAAAACUCAACAUCUAAAAUGCUUCGCCAAACACUCGAGAAAGGGCCUUGAUUCCUUGGGUAUCAGAACUCAUAUAUGUUUCACUCACCAAACAAGCCCUUAGGUUAUCUAUAAAAGUUGACAACCAAGGUCCUAAAUGUUUAAUCAUGCACAAAGGACCAAACUUGGUAUUUUCCUUCAAAGAGUUUAAAUUUACUUGUAUGUAUCUGGAAUUCCUUUCACAUAUUGUAGCAGUAUAUUACAAUAUUUCUUCAGCUAGUUUUUCAGUGAAAUCAAUAUAUGUGGCUCUAAUGUUGUUUCUUUGCAGGGAAUUUUCCCAGUAUCUUUCCUCUUUUCAACAAGUUUUAAGUUUCCUGCAAAGCCUGAGUUUAUCAUGAAUCAGUACAAAAGCUUCCCAGUUUUAUUCAAUCACAAGCCGCAUGAGCUUCUCAGUGGGGGCUAUCGUAGAAUAUACUUGGAGUUUUCUUUGGGUUCCACAAAGGAGGUGUGGGUUUCAGUUCUUAAUAUUACAGGUCCAUUAUUCAGAUGGUCUUUUGCAAACAACAGACUUCCAGCUCCAGAAAAAAAUGGUGAUGGCCCUCCUUCAUAUAUUUGUAGAUUAAGUGGUGCAAGUAGUGAGAACUGGACAUUCUGGUUAGAGGCGAGUAGCUCUGAAAAGAUCAGGAUUGAACUUGGUGUAAUUGACCAGCAUCUAACAGAACCGCAGCUGAAGUUGAAAGGGCUCUUUCCUGAUUGGGUGGAUGUCACAGCCUACACGAGUUUCAGGUCCACUUAUUUGUUCUAGCCUCUGAUACUCACCUCACACCUACUAAUCACUCUGUUUUGUCAUGUCAAGAGUUUGCCUCGAUGGUUUUUAUAUCGAGCUAUAAUUUAUUACGUUGUACCAUCGUUGCUACAUAUGAAUUGAACUGUAGUUUUGCUUCUUGACCCCCACACCCCAAUGGAGUUGGGAUUACACUGGUUUUGUAGUUGUAUUGACUUUAGUUUCUCUUCAAAACCAGUUAUGAAAUGCUUUGGUCAUGUGGAUUUGUGAUUUUGAUUUGAAAAAAAGUGAGACGUUCCU